GACACACGAGAACAAGACACACACACUUACACAUCAUCACACAGCGACACACACACACACACACACACCUCUCCUUGAGCUCCUGCAGAACCAGAGGAGGAGAAAAGAGGGUGGAAGAAUUUGGCCUCAAAUCCUGCAACCGCCUUCAAACAGCUGGGAUGAGGUGGUGGCUAGUGGUAGCCAGUCUGUGGUUGCUGGUGGUCCUGACGGUCCCGUACGCCCAGGCCAGGAACAGAACUCGCAACCAGGAUGGUGAGACCCGGAAGAGGAAGAGGGAUGGCCAGGGUCAUGGGCGGUCCCGAGCGGGGCGUUCUAGACCUCUGAAGAUAAGACUGGUUCCUGGUCCCAGCAUCCCAGUGGAGCCUGGAGAAAACCAAAGAAACACUCUGUUCCUGGAGCCCUACAAGAAGCUACAAGAACAGCACGCCAGCUACAAUGUUAUCCCAGGUAAGCAGGGCCAGUGUGUGUACCAGGGUCUGACCAUGUUCGACCAGGCCGUCUGGUCUCCAAAGCCCUGUGUGACUUGUCUGUGUACCAGAGGGCAGGUGGUUUGUGAUGAGAUCACCUGUCCCAUAAUGCACUGCCAUUUCCCUUUCACCCCCGCUGGGGAGUGCUGCCCCGUCUGCAUGAAGCCAGAACCUGACCUCAGCCUUGACCUUUCUGGUGACUCCCCAGUUCCCAGUGACCCCGGUGAGUCCGUGACUCCGCUGACCCAAGAGGAGAUCCAGCGAAUCCUCUGGCGGGAGGAAGAGGAGCACCGUGAGGAAGAGGAGCGCCUGAGGAAGAAAGAUGAGGCGAGGAAAAAGAGGAGGAAGCAAAGGAAGGAGCAGGCGGAGAGACAAAGGAAGAUAGUGGAGGAGAGAAGGAAGGAGGAGGAGGAGGCGCUGAGGCUGCAGGUGGAGAAAGAGGAGGAGGAGUGGAGGAGGCAGAUGGAGGAGAUGGAGAGAAAGAGGCAGGAGGAGAGGAGGAGAUUGGAGGAGGAAGACAGAAGGCGGAAAGAGGCAGCGGAGAGAGAAGCAAGGGAGAAGGAAAGGAAGCUAGAAGAGGAAAGGAGGAGGCAAGAGGAGAUGCUGAGGGAAAAACUACUGGCUCUGGAGGAGGAGGAGGAGGAAGAGGAGGAGGAAGAGGUAGAGGACGCGGAGGAGGUGUGGCUGAGAGGAGAUGUAUUUCAGAUGCCUCCAAAAAUACACAAAGAACCCAAGGAACCAGAACUCCUCCCUGCUCCAAUCCCAAGACCUCCUGCUGCGACGGAGGACGAGCCGAAGGAGAUGGAAGCAGAGGUGGAGGAGGCAGAGGAGGAGGAGGAGGAAGGGGAGGAGAGGGAGGGUUUAGUGAACAGAAGAGUCCUCCCUCCAGGCUGUGACAUCUCUGAUGUCACUAUGACAUGUGAGAACGUCAAACUCAUGUACUUCCCUCCUCUGGCCAUACCUGAGCUCAGAUCUCUCAGUCUGGAGGGCAACAACAUCAGCAGCAUCCCAGCAGAAGCCUUCAAUGGUAUCCCCAACCUGGAAUGGAUCAACCUGAAGAAAAACAAACUCACCUCUGCCGGCAUUGAUGCUAAAGCCUUCAGAGGUCUGAAGAUGCUAAGGCGUCUGUAUUUGGAUGGGAACCUUCUAGACACCGUGCCCUCUGACCUACCCCCCACCCUGCAGGAGCUGAAGAUCAGUGAGAACAGACUGAGAGGAAUCCAUAAAAACAGCUUCCAAGGUCUGCACAACCUAAGGAUUCUGGAGUUGGAGGGAAAUCUGCUGAGCGAGGGGAAUGCAGAUCCUCUGGCCUUCGCCCCCCUCAUCCAGCUUUCCUACCUUCGACUGGGCAGAAACCACUUCCGUACUGUACCACAGGGCCUUCCCAAGUCAUUGCUGGAGCUGUACUUGGAGAACAACCUGAUUGAGGAAAUCUCAGAAGCAGUUUUCAAUCAGACCCACAGUCUAAACGUGGUUUCUCUGAGACACAACAAGCUGGAUGAGACCAGGAUCGCCCCGAUGGCUUGGAUCAACCACAGAAAUCUGGAGUCCAUCGACCUUUCUCAUAAUCACCUUUACCUAGUCCCGUCCUACCUACCCAGAUCUCUGGUCCACCUAGUGCUGGUGGGAAACAACAUAGAGAGGAUACCUGGCUUCGUCUUCGCCCACAUGGACCCUGGUUUGGAGUACCUGUACCUCUCCUACAACAAACUGGAUGGGGAGGGAAUCGAACCAGAGUCAUUCUUUGGGUCGUACAACUCCAUGGUGGAACUGUGUCUGGAUCACAACCAGCUGGUCACUGUGCCAUCUGGCAUCAACGAGAUGACCAACUUACAUUUCCUCAGACUCAACAAUAACAAUAUCAGGAGUAUCCCUGACGAAGGCAUCUGUGACCUGAACCACAGCGGAGACUCCACUCUGGUGGCCGUGAGGCUGGAAAACAACUACAUUGACCCCCAGAAGGUCUCACCAACAGCCUUUUCCUGUGUACGCUCCUCCUCCAGCGUGGUCUUAAAACCCCAGAAAACCAAGUGACCUGAGCUCAUGCAAAACAAAAACUAAAGACACUUCUUUAAAACCCACAAAACAGAGGGGCAAAGAUUUUGGUUUUAAUGUGCCAAGAGAAGUCAAAACCUAAAAUUUCCCCUCACUAGCUUCCUCUGAUGCUGUAUGUUAUUGAGAGAGUACCCAAAAUAUAAGAAAUUAAUUCAUAAAAAGGCUCUCACAUUAAUGUCUGAUGUACAGGCUGAACAUGGAAAAAGGAAUUUAACUGUCAAAACACAGUUACUGCUGAAGUAAUUUGCCUUAAGGGAAUGUACUGUCCUGUCAUAUACUUGGCCUGAACCCUUACGAGCUGCAUAAAGGAUUUUCUUCUUCUCUGGCUCUAAUACACUGUAGGUCUGGUAAGUUGUUUUGCACUGUCGCCUGGCCCAACUUUAACUGGUACGAAGGUGACAGAACACCUUCAGACUUCAAAAAACACAUCUGUCUGCUUUAGUAAAAUGUUCAACUCGCUAAAAUGGAAAGAAUUUCUGCACCAUACACAGUAAAAAUGCUAAUAAAUAAAUGGAAAGAAUUCUCUGAAGUGAGACCACAAGCCCGCCACAUUAUUUUUAACAACCUCCGCACCUUCAUGUUCCAUUUCUCAGCUCUGUUUCUUCCAACGUCAUCUUUCAUAAAAACUCUGACAUGGAAAGGAGUGUGAGUAGCAUGUGUGGCACAUCCUUCAAGUUUUUUCUGUUAAAGAUAAAGAGCAUGAUUACGUUAAAGUGAGUGCUGUUGGGGAGCUAUUCCCUCUCACAGAUAAAGUCUGUAGUUCAGCGCUGAUGGACCCACAACAAUACAAUGCGUGUAUCUUACAUGAUUAGGCCGUAUUGUACUUUAAUUAUAUUCCUCAUAAUAACGGUAAUUUUCCCUUCAUCCAUGCAUAUGCUUAUAUAAGCAGAGUUAGCUCUAGGUAACGUAUUUUGCCACGUGGUUUCAUUAACUGUUGAGUGGGGUUUGCGGUUAGCAGAGGUUUUGCUAUAGAGUUUCAUCUAAAUGAGUAUAGCAAUGUUUACUAUGCGGUCUGAAGAAACGUGAUUACUGGGAGAGCCCUCUAACAAAUGCCUCUGACCUUCAGAUCUCUCAAAGAACUCUCUUCAAGAUGAACAGAGUUGAAAUGUGGCAUUGUGAGUUUUUUCCUAUAAGUUUGUGUUUAUGCCUUGUUUUUGUGUAUUUCUAUGCCCUUAAGUCUACAUCAGCACUGACAGUGAACAAAAAGAUGCUCCUGCAGCUGGAGACAGAUGUAGAUUAAAUGCUCUUACAGUACUUACAGAUUGUACUGUUGCUUUUAAGAACUUCAUUUACAGUCUACUGUUAAAUGUCAAAACCAAAAGUGACUUUUUUCAAAAAAUGUUUUUCAACAUUUGACCUGAAACACAACUGUCCUUCACUUUGCUCUUGGCUGGCCAAUAUGCAUUAAUGGUAUGUUUAUCUAAUGUGUCAACAAUCAUACUAUAGUUUAACACAAUGUUACAAUGCAAAAUUCAAAUAAACUUCACUAUGUUCCCA